CUCUCCACUGAUGCUGUUUCGUCAAUGCAUGUUUUCCCCGCUGCUAGCGCGCUGGCCCACCCUUGUGGAGCCCGACCUGUCGCACGCGCGCGGGAGCGCCAGACGGGACGAGGACAGCGAGGACGGGGACAGCGAGGACGAGGAAGAGGAGGAGGAAGAGGAGGAGGAGGAGGAGGAGGUGGAGAAGGAUUGGCGGAAACAGCAGACGCAACCGCGUGGCCUUGGCCCCCUGGCCGACAGCACCCACCGGGGUGGGGAUGGAUGUAUGUACGUAUGUCAGUUCCUUCGGCCUUCGCGGGGACCUAUCCCCAUCUGGCGCAUCAGGAUGCUGAGCUUCUUCCGACAUCAUGGGGAACAAUCUCUCCAUCUUGAAGGGCGGGCUUGUGGGGCUGAGAUACACGUGCACGGCCCAGUGGGGAUAGGAACAGGUCAGACGAUGCUGAUGAGCAGGAGUGUCAGCCUUCUUUGCCGGGAGCAGGCGCGCCAGGCGGCAAGGACGGCGCCUCAGCUGCCCGGCGCCGCCCGGGCUGCGGCGGCCCGGCCCUCCUCCGCGCCACCGCCCAGGGCCACGGUGAAGCUGCAGGACGGCAGCUUCGCGGCCUCCUCUGCGCUGACGGUGCACUCCACCCCGACGGCCUGCAGCGCCCCGCGCAGCGCGCCGCACGGGAAGGCCAGGUGCAGCUGCGCGGCCUCCUGCAGCUCCGCAUCCCGCGCCGGGGAGCCCGAGGGCACGACAAAGUGCUCCAACCAGCGGAACGACUCGUCCUCAAUGAUGUAGUGGCCCUUCUUGUUGAGCUGCAGGCGCGUGGCCGGUCCGCGGAACAGGCAGGCCCAGAAGUCCUUGCACACGUACCUCCAGGCCGCCGCUGCCUCGCCGGGCGCCCCUCCGGGCUGGGGAAGCGCGCCGCGGCGAGCCGGGUGGCCACCCGCAGGCCCGCGGCGUGGCCGGCGGCGUCGAGCCGCACCGCCGCCAGCUCGGGCCCCAGCCUCUCGUGGAGGCACCCCCUCGCUGACCAUCUCGGCCGCCAGCAGCGCCAGCGCACUCUCUGCCACCUGCCGCUCGCCCAGGGCCUCGCUCGCCCCCGCGGCGCCGCUCGGCGCCAUCGGCUCCGCCAUGGCGCGGCGGCAACCUGGCCGGGCCGGCCGUCCCCGCAGCCCGGCCGCCGCAGGCCGCCGCUGCGGCCGCAGGCCGCCGCUGCGCAGCGCGGCCU